GGGGCCUGCGGACAACAUGGCGGCGCCCGAGGAGCACGAACCCCCGACUGUCUCCCCGCAGCCGGCCGUGGAGGAGCAGGAAUCGAAAACGUUUAAAGACCUGGGUGUGACCGAUGUGCUGUGCGAAGCUUGUGAGCAGCUGGGAUGGACCAAGCCCACCAAGAUCCAGAUCGAAGCGAUUCCUCUGGCCCUACAAGGUCGUGACAUCAUUGGGUUGGCGGAGACGGGCUCUGGAAAGACGGGGGCCUUCGCGCUGCCCAUCCUGAACGCGUUGCUGGAGACGCCACAGCGCCUGUUUGCCUUGGUGCUCACCCCCACGCGCGAGCUGGCCUUCCAGAUCUCAGAGCAGUUUGAGGCCCUGGGCUCGUCUAUCGGGGUGCAGUGCGCCGUGAUUGUGGGCGGCAUCGACUCCAUGUCCCAGUCCCUGGCGCUGGCGAAGAAGCCACACGUGGUGAUCGCAACCCCCGGGCGACUGAUCGACCACCUGGAAAAUACCAAAGGCUUCAACCUGCGAGCGCUCAAGUACCUGGUGAUGGACGAAGCCGACCGGAUACUGAACAUGGACUUUGAGACGGAGGUGGACAAGAUCCUCAAAGUCAUUCCCCGUGACCGGAAAACCUUCCUCUUCUCCGCUACCAUGACUAAGAAGGUGCAAAAGCUGCAGAGGGCGGCUCUGAAGAACCCCGUGAAGUGCGCGGUCUCCUCCAAAUACCAGACGGUUGAGAAGUUGCAGCAGUACUAUCUCUUCAUCCCCUCCAAGUUCAAGGACACCUACCUGGUUUACAUCCUGAACGAACUGGCCGGCAACUCCUUUAUGAUCUUCUGCAGCACCUGCAACAACACCCAGAGAACGGCCCUGCUGCUCCGGAACCUGGGCUUCACGGCCAUCCCCCUGCAUGGACAGAUGAGCCAGAGCAAGCGCCUCGGAUCCCUGAACAAGUUUAAGGCAAAGGCUCGCUCCAUCCUUCUCGCCACCGACGUGGCCAGCCGAGGCCUGGACAUCCCACAUGUGGACGUCGUCGUCAACUUUGACAUCCCGACCCAUUCCAAGGACUACAUUCACCGAGUGGGGCGGACAGCUCGGGCAGGGCGCUCCGGGAAGGCCAUCACCUUUGUCACACAGUACGACGUGGAGCUCUUCCAGCGCAUCGAGCACCUGAUCGGGAAGAAGCUGCCCGCCUUCCCGACCCAGGACGACGAGGUCAUGAUGCUGACGGAGCGCGUGGCGGAGGCGCAGAGGUUCGCCCGCAUGGAGCUGAGGGAGCACGGGGAGAAGAAGAAGCGGCCCCGCGAGGAGGCCGGAGACAACGACGACACGGAGGGCGCCCUGGGCGUCCGGAACAAGGUGGCCGGCGGCAAGAUGAAGAAGAAGAGGAAAGGCCGAUAGUCCUGGAGCCGGGUGUCUGUGUGCUGCCGUGGGGGGGCCCUGACUCGGGGCCCGCACCCAGCCCUCGGGGCCCACCGGGACGGGCGCCUUCCCUUUGCGGGGACGCCCGCCAGGGCUCUUGUGCGAAGCUCCUGCUCUCUGCCACCUGCUGCACCUUUCCCUGUCCUACCGGCGGGACAGAGGCCUUGGCCUGUCACCGAAGGGGUUGGUGUCUGUGUCGGGAGGUUAAGCAACCUCAGCUGUGCUUCCGUAGGAAUGUAAAUAUUCUUUUCUAAGA